UGAGGGCGAGGAGGAUGGUGUGUGUGUGUGUGAGAGAGAUGCUGCUGUUGUGUCCUGCUGCCAUUUCAUCCGCGGAUCCUCAAGGCAAUAUCAACAGUCCUGUUCAAAUUAACCUUCAGCUCAGAUCAUCACUCAACCGGCUGGUUUACGCUUCACAAACAGGUCAAAUGUUGAUGGUAGACAUAGAGGCCUAGUUAACAUGAUGCAUGUGAUUGGUGCAGGUUAUUCCUGUAAGUAAUAACAUAACAACUGCUAUCUUGGAGGCGCAUUUUUAAAAGACAUAAUCAUCGAUAUGGGGUUUGCUUUUCACAGGUACUGAGAACUUUAAGGUUUUAUUUUGGAGAGACAUGGAGACAAUAUGGCUUUAUCAGUUUCGUCUGAUCGUCAUCGGAGACUCCACGGUUGGCAAGUCGUGUCUGAUCCGAAGGUUCACCGAGGGCCGCUUCGCCCAGGUGUCAGACCCAACUGUGGGAGUGGACUUCUUCUCCCGUCUGGUGGAGAUCGAGCCGGGCAAAAGAAUCAAACUACAGAUCUGGGACACUGCAGGACAGGAGAGGUUCAGAUCUAUCACCAGAGCUUACUACCGUAACUCAGUAGGUGGACUCUUACUCUUCGACAUCACAAACCGCCGCUCCUUCCAGAACCUCCAUAACUGGCUGGAGGAGGCCCAGAGCCAUGUCCAGCCGCACAGCAUCGUCUUCCUGCUGGUGGGUCACAAGUGUGACCUUGAGGACCAGCGGCAGGUGACCCUGCAGGAGGCACAGAAGCUGGCAGGGGCCUUUGGGAUGCGCUAUGUGGAGACAUCGGCACGAGAAGCUAUCAACGUGGAGAAGGCGUUUGUGGAUCUGACGAGGGACAUCUUUGAGCUGGUACAGAGCGGGGACAUCAAGAUCCAGGAUGGCUGGGAGGGUGUAAAGAGCGGAUUUGUCCCCAACACUGUCCAUUCCUCUGAGGAGGUCGCCAAGGGCAGCCGGCAAUGCUUCUGCUGAUUUACCACAUACCUGCGGUAUGUUGGGUGACAGGUGGUGAUACUUCAGUGGAGAUGUCUUUUACUUUGGCUGCUCACCAGGCCCGGUUUUUGACUGACAUGGACAUGUAAUACUUCCCUGCUCAGUUACACACUUUACUGAUAGAUAGAUAGAUAGAUAGAUAGAUAGAUAGAUAGAUAGAUAGAUAGAUAGAUAGAUGACUGUAAUACACAAAUUUUAAAUCUGAAUCAGUGAUACCAAAACUGACCCAUGCCUCUUCCUUUUCAUGCAUAAAAUAUUGCAAACUUGUAUGGACUAUAUCCAGUGAGAGACAUGAUACGCUACAAAUUCAAGUGGCUCAAUUCAUAAGUGGAGGAUGAACUCCACUUUUUUAAUAGUAUGGUAGGUACCCAGUUCAUGUUUAGUACUCUGUUUUGGUUUUGCUGGUGAGAACAGUUAAGACAUUUAAGCCUUUUGUAUGGAACCUCCAGUGUGUUCAAUAUUAAAUACAUUUUAAAACAUUUUGAAAUAAAUCAUGAAUAAAUGAUGUAAAAUAUACAAAUGAACAAACAAUUUGUGAAAUAAUUGAAAGUUUUAAAAUUCGAGUCAUUCUUAUGAAAAAUUCAUUCCUAUUUUCAUAAUAGUUUUAUUGGAGUAAAUUUUUAUUUUAUAGACAUUUUUAUUUCAAAAUGCCCUUUUAUCUCCUUUACAUUUUUUCAAAAUGUCACUUUUCAUGACAUGCCUUUCAGCCAAUCACAUGCUCUCUCUUAAGAUAGCUCAACAACUGCAACCAAAUGUAGCCAGCUCCUCUUAGCUAGAGCACAAGAGUAACUAAACUAAACCUCUUUAGCUAGUCUUGGCCUAACAAGGCUGCUCAUAUGUAGUUAGCUAACUAGCUAGAGGGAGCAAUAAGGUGGCUAAUUCACAAUAACUGUGACAUUGUUGUUGCUCUAGCUAAAAGAAGCUAACAGGCAAAAUCUGAUUGAUAUCGUAGAGCUAGCUUAAGAGAGGCAGGGGGGCAUGUGACUGGAUGGAAGGUGAGGGGCCGGGAUGUCACUGUCAUGAAUAAGGGAUGUCACUGUCAUGAAUAAGGUGACAUUUGAAAUAAAAUAUAACAUUAGUAAAUAAUAAAAAAGUGGCAUAAAAUAAAACUGUAACAGAUGGAAGAAAAUGCCAUGAUAUAAAACAUACUUUUGAGAAGAAAAAAAACAUUCUGUUAUGAACUGAAAAUUAAUGAAAAGACUGAUGAAAUAACAUUUCUUUAUCAUUUUAGACUUAAUUUCUUGUAAUUCUUUUUCAUAAAUAUUGAACUCUGUAAAUAUUGAACACCUUCAGACUCCAUACUUUUGGAAACUGAUUUUAUGGGUUUGUUUGAAUAUGAAGCCUGCUCCUAGACAUUACAUGACACCUUCGGGUCAUAAUCUCUUCUUACACUUAUGGCUUUAUAGAUCCAGUCACAUCCAUAUUUACAAUUAAUGCAUGCCUCCAUUUUAAAUCCAAAUUUCCAAAGAAAGAACAUAAUUUUUUAGAUUUGAUAAAAUGUAAAUAGCCAUUUCACUCAUCUCAUUUGACAGUACCUGGACUCUCAUCAGAAAGAGCAGAUUUAAUGAAGUUUCUAAUUUGUUGUGAAUCAGGCGCUAUGACAAAGUAUGCAAAUCACUGGAAGUGAACAAAUUAGAAUUAUUUGAACUCCACUACAGUUGCACACGCUUCAGGUCAGAUUGGUGGCAUUAAUAUUAACUAGUUAAUUCAACAAUUUAGAAAGAAUAGUGAGUGAGUACAUUUAUUUUAACUGCUCAGUGGAAGCAUCUCUUUCGAGUGCCUUUUGGAGGAACGAAGCCUAAAUACACGCAACCAACUUCCUGUUCAUAGAGACAACUGUGUGUUUAUCCUGUAAAUUUUAAAGUCUAAACUGUAAGGUGACAGGAAACACAUUGGUUACACACUACACAAUCUGUAAAUCAUUUAUUUGAAACCAAACCCUGACAAAAUUGACUGUUUCAUGUUGUUGUGACUCUGGGAUUAUUAUAGCACAAGUGUUAUCAGAAUCUUAAUAAAGAUUUGCCUUGUGCAAAG